UGCGCGACAGCCGCCAGCGCGAGUACACUUACAGCCGCGACAUGCCGAUCAUCUUCGUUGGCGGCGUCCCGCGCAGCGGCACGACGCUCAUGCGCGUCUUGCUCGACGCGCACCCGGACAUCCGCUGCGGCGAGGAGACGCGCAUCAUCCCGCGCAUCCUCGGCAUGCGCACUCAGUGGUACAAGUCGCAGAAGGAGGCGACGCGGCUCGAGGAGGCCGGCCUGACGGCGAGCGUCGUCGACGACGCGAUCGCCGCCUUCAUUCUCGAGGUGAUCGCGAAGCACGGCGAGGCGGCGCCGCGGCUCUGCAACAAGGACCCGUUCAUGCUGAAGAGCGCCGGCUACCUCGCGCAGAUGUUCCCCGGCUCGCGCUUCGUGCUGAUGGUGCGCGACGGCCGCGCGGUCGUGCACUCCAUCAUCACGCGCAAGGUGACCAUCACCGGCUUCGACCUGCACAGCUACCGGCAGUCGCUGUCGCGCUGGAACCAGGCGAUGCAGGCGAUGUGGGAGCAGUGCCGCAGCGUGGGCGCGACUCGCUGCCUGCCCGUCUGGUACGAGCAGCUCGUGCUGCAUCCGGAAACGAAGCUACGGCAGAUCCUCAGCUUCCUAGAGGUGCCGUGGAACGAGACGGUGCUGCAUCAUGAGGAGCAGGUCGGCAAGCCCGGCGGCAUCUCACUGUCCAAGACGGAGCGCAGCACCGAUCAGGUGAUCAAGCCCGUCAACAUCGAGGCGCUCACCAAGUGGGUGGGAGCGAUCCCGGAGGACGUCGUACGCGACAUGGCCGCCAUUGCGCCAAUGCUGAAAACGCUCGGAUACGACCCCGCCGCCAACCCGCCCGACUACGGCAAGCCGGACAAGAUAGUCGCCGAGAAACAGAAGGAGAUCGAAGCCAACAGGUGGGUGUGA